UUGUCGUCGUCCUUCUUCUCCCGGCGACAUGUUUAAAGUCCAAAUGCUGCGAGCUUUGGUCAACGAGCGGCUGAGCGCGGCCGUGGAAGAAGUCUUUGCGGUGUUGGAAAGAACCAUAGCAGACUACGAGGAGGAACUUUGUCGUAGCAAAGAGGAGAACCGGCGACAGCGUCAGCUCCUCGACGCUCUUUUCAAGCCUCAAGUGGACGCGCGCACACCAGCAGGUGCGCAAGAUCCGGAGCACCCCCUCGGCAAAGAGGAGACAACGGCGGCGGAGCGGCCGGACGAGGCCGGCGACCUUAGCAAGCUGACGGUGACGUGCGUCAUCGUCAAGAGUGAAGAUGAAGGCGAGAGCGCAGAGAAGAUGGCGACAGAUAGCGACGCCGACCGGGAAGACGCCCGAGUUGCCCGCAAAAUCUCUGAGAAAAUGGUGACGGAGAGCGACGCCCACCAGGAAGACGCCCGAGGUCUCCGCAAACUCUUUGAAUGUCCUCAAUGCGAUAAAGCCUACAGCAGCAAGGGACACUUGAAAAGACACGCCAGGAGCCACGCGGCGGCCGACGCCGGGGGGGCCGUGGCGGCGGCCGAGGAGCCCUCGCGAGGCGAUGCCAAUUUCUCGUGUUCGACGUGCCGCAUGACCUUCAAGUUUCACUCCACCUUCCUGGGCCAUAUGAAAAAGCACUCGGGCCACAAGUCGUUCACCUGCGGCGUGUGCGGCGCCGCCUUCAGGUUUCAGUCCACCUUCGUGAACCACGUGAGAACGCACACGGGCGAGAAGCCCUUCACCUGUCAGGUGUGCAACGCCAGCUUCAGCGUCCACUCGUCGCUCCUGAGACACGCGCGCCUGCACACGGGCGAGAAGCGCUUUGCCUGCUCCUUCUGCGAUAAAAAGUUCCCCCGAAAGGCCAGUUUGGUGGAACACGUGAGGAUCCACACCGGAGAGAAACCGCUCUCGUGUUCCGUCUGCCACAUGAACUUCAGAUUUCACUCCAAACUGGUCAAACACAUGCAAAGUCACACGCGAGGCAAAGCUUUCGACUGUCAGGCGUGUGGUGAGAAGUUGGCUUCCAAGCUCCGGCUGGACAAACACGUGUGUGCUGGCGGGGAAAGCGGCGGCGGCGGCUGAAGCAGCGGCGGUGGCGGCGGCCAAACGCCAUUCAACAUUAAAGCGUCACAACUGAAAAACAUGUGUUAGUGUGCUGGCUGUGUUUUGCUCCACUUUGUUUUCUGACUGCAAUUCAAAAGUGUUGCGUGUGCCUCGAAUGUCUUCCAGAUGACAAAAAAAUCAAUAAAGUUUAUCCAAACUGAA